UGUAAUUUUUUUAUAUUUCAUUUUCUAGUUGACAGUUGCUACGAGGGAAAACCUCUCCCAGUGGAAAAGUGUGAGCGGCAGUUCAAUCUAAUCCAGAGUAUCGUCAUCUCAGCGUUGCUGAUCUUCAUUAUCGUUCUUUGCUGGGCUCAGUUAGGUGUUAUUGCGUUGAAAUGCGAAACUGUUCGUAAGAGGAAAAAGGACGUUACUAUAGCAUGUAGCAUCCUCACCGUCAUCGCUAUUGUAGCUAUCGUGCUUUUUAUCCAAGAUGGCGGUAUUAGAAUGAAUCAGGUUGGCCUUGCUUUUACCGUACUACCUGCUGGGAUGCUGAUGGUGCUUCAAUACUCUAUAUUUAAAUUGAUUCUGGAUCAUAUGACACGCAGUGGAUACGCUCUGUUAGGCUUUCAAGUUGUGGGUUACCUAAUUGCUGUAAUUGGCUUUGGACUGUCUAUCUCAGCCUGUCCUUCAGUCCUUCUGUCUGUUGUAAUUGCCGGCAUAGUUAUUAUGGCUGUUGCGGAUCUUCUUGCUCUGGUUUAUGUCUAUAGUUGUUCCAGAAUGAAAGAUCAUCAAACUCCGAGGAUACAAAAGGAGCGAUGCAAGAAUGAUGUAUUAAAGACAGAGACCGAACCUACUGCAGAAAUGCGUGAUGUUUGAGAAGUACACCAUUGUUUGUACACCGUGGCCUUGAAGAUGCACUACUCAAAGAGAAGAAAUUCAGGAAACUCGUUGUUUUGCAUGUGUGGCAAAAGUGCUUUUGAUAUAAAUGAUGUAAUUUUGUAUAGUCACAGCAGGAACGUGUGUGUUUGCCCAAGCGUGAUCUUGAUUUCUUUUGUUCUGGUAUAUACGGUGUGCUUGAGGGUGAGAAUAGAAAAAGCACUGUUUGCCCACUCCAGCAUCUCCCUGCAGUAUACUUAGUGGUAUUACUUUCAACAACUCAUCAUCAGUCACUGCUUUGAUCGUGGGCCUGCUCAGCCCAAAGGUUGCAAUGCCAUUUAGACUAUUGUUUUCUUUAUUUGUGUGCAUGGGCAAGGUAUGGUAGCAAUGUCUGUGAUACAAGCAGGAAGCAGGGAUUGUACAAAUACAUUUUCCAACGUUCAGCAAAACUUUUAUAUAAAAAACGAAAUGCUUCGACACAGACCUGUAUGGAUGCAGAUUUUACUGCCGGCUCUCCUGAAGAGAUCAACCAAGAUAUCUUAAUUCCACAGAAUGAUAACGUUCCUGUCAAUAGACAGCACUUGUGUAUGCUGUGGUGGCCCAUACUUUAGUCCGGUGAGAGAGCUCCCAGUGCCUCUUAUGUCUUCUUUAAACAGGAGCUCAGCUCUUGGAGCCUGAUUCAGCACAGGAAUUGCGGAGCAUUUAGUAACUUUCACACUGAAUGUGGUUCAUGUGUUUGUUCACGUUGUGGAGUUUGUGGUACUGGAACCACACACAGUUUCAGGUUCUCUUAAUGGCUGUGUUCGUUAAACACGUUGAUGCUUCAGAAAAGGUGACGUUGUCCUCUUAGAGUGCUCUUAGCAAUUUUUGAAUCUCUUUUCUUGAAUGGAGAUGGGAGUUAUUUCAUUUCUGACCCAAAUCUGUGUUCACGUUAUGUCACAAACGCAUAGAAUAGAAUUUGUGUAGGAGUCGGUGAGAAGCAGUGAGGUUUACUUGCUGUUAUAUGUAUGUGGCACAGAUAAAGAUCCACAGAUAAAGAUCCACGUAGGAUUGAUUCUAUAGAAGCUGCACAUUCCAUGGGGUUUUAGCGUUUACAGCUGCUUUGAGAGUCGUUCCAGUAUAGCUGACUUCAUUGACAGUUGCCAGAGAACUCCCCAGCUUCCAUUUCUACUAGGCUGAUUUCAAAGGCACGUGUGGUUCUCUCCUAAUGAUUUGAAACUCUGUUUUGAAAGCUGUUGCCAAAUGGUAGCGUAAUAAUAAAAUCCACGUCUUCAAAGAUUCUAAAUGUUACAAGUUUCAGGUUUGGAUGUUAUGACACAAGGGUUUGUUGCAGAUAUCCACAUGCAGGCUCCAAGUCUCAGCACAGACAGUUUGCAUCAAGAAUUCAACUGCAUAGAAUUGAAGUAUCCGAUCUUAGAAUGUUCCCUCUAACAGAUUUCUUGCAAUGGCUGCAGGACUGAACCAGCAAAGCAGCCCUUGGUGCAGCCUUCCCUAAAAGAGGUGAAAUUGGCCGCAGUGUAGGGAGUUCCUUGUGAUCAGAUGUUUAAGAAGCAAAUACAGUUUAGUUGUUUGUCGAUUCCUGUCAGAUUUCAGCUCCUAGUAUACGAAUCUUUUCAGUACAGGUCUUUCCAUAGUCAUAGCGAUCCACCUAGACAUGGGAGGCAUUUCUCUGUGUUAACAAUUCAAUAUCAGAACUGAAUCUGGUUGAGAUUUGCUCCUCAUUCGUUAAUGAUUCAUUUUGGUUUGUUGUAAGUAGAGCAGUUGAGCAAUUACACGAAACAAACACGCUGGAUUCUCUUGAGCUAUCCUGCCUUACAAGAAACAAAACCCACCCCACGUAUAAUAGCUUUAUGGCAACUACUGCAAAGGAAAUGGCAGUAGGAUCCGCUGUGUGUCUCUGUUGCGAUGAGGCCAGGCUGUUACUAAGGGCUCUACUGAAACAUCCAGAACUCGGUGGCUGUGUACAGCCUGCAGAAUCAAUUGCUCCGGAUAUGAGAGAAACCCAGUGUUGUGCUGUUGCUAAGGGCUCUGCUCUGGGUUUCUUGGAGGUGCAAAUUUAACAGGGGGGAGUUACAAAAGUCAUCGGUCUGCCCAGCCCUUUCCCACCGGUAAUUAAAACCAAAGUUCACAACUGUAUGACACCAUUCGUGUUUGUAUGUAUGCGUGUAUAUAUAAAUGCAUAGACAUUUUAAAUAUCUAUAGUCUUUACUCAAGAAUAUGUUUUUAUUUAUGAAACAUGAAAUGAUUUUUGUAAAUAUUGUGCUAAUAUACUGAAAUAAAGUCAUUUUAAGUUGUUUUUGUCAAA